AUGGCAACUUUGUCUAUCAACAACAGAGUCAUUCAGACCAUUAUAAAAAAGCAGAAGGUUUGUGAAAGUGGCAAAAUUGUCGAAGUUGAUAAGCGAGGCAAACACAAUAAUCAUUAUCAGGUGGAUCAGGCAAUAAAAAAUGAAAUUAGGGAGCACAUUAAAUCGAUACCACGAAUAGAUAGUCACUAUUGCAGAGCAACUACGUCAAAAGAAUAUAUUGAGGGAAGUAAAACCCUUUCAGACUUGCAUCGUGACUAUUUAAAAAUAUGUGAAGAGAAAAAGUCACCUGCUGCCAAUUAUCAAAUGUAUAGAAAAAUUUUUGAAGAAGAAUUUAACAUAGCCUUCCAUGUUCCGAAAAAGGAUCAGUACGAGCUCCGUUUGCAAUUUAAAAAUCGUACUGAAGAGGAAAAAGUAUCGUUAAUAGAGAAGUAUGAAUCGCACAUCAAAGAAAAAGACUUAAGUCGCAAAGAAAAAGAACAUGACAUUAAUAGUGGAGCUGAAGUAAUCGUUUUUGAUCUUCAGGCGGUUCUUCCGUGUCCAGUUGGAGAUGCUUCAUCUUUCUUUUAUGUCUCGAAGUUAAAUGUGUUGAACUUCACUUUAUAUGACAUCAAAAGUCAUCACGGAACCUGUUUUUUAUGGCACGAAGCUGAAGCACAAAGAGGUGCAAAUGAAAUAGAUAUUUUCGAUUUAAAGAAGUUAACUUCGGAUCUGUUCCUCAAUAUUCCUAAGAAUGUUAAAUUAUCGGAAACAAGGAAGCGAGGAAAUAACGAUGAAGAUCAGAAGAUACAACCAUUAGGUUGUCCGAAAUGUAAAACUGUAAUAAAAAAAAGCGCUAGAUACAGCGACUAUGUCAAGAAACACAUGAUCGAUUUAAGAAAUGUUAAAUUGAAUUUCUACGGAAAACUGAGAGAAAUUGAAUUUAUUAAACAUAGUUUAAAUGAAAAAUUGUCGAAGAUGUAUUAUGGUAAUGGUAAGAAAGAAUUUGUAAGAAAUACUUUAAGAUUCAAUACCAGAAAUAGGACAAAUAAUAGGAAUGACCUAACGAUCGAAAACGAGGAUAAAAAUGACAACCAAUUCUACAGCUCGGUGGAGAGUAGCGACGAUGAAAAUAGUAUAGCUAAUACAGAUUUAGAAAUGGAUAAUCAGGAUACAGAUAUCCAGGGGGAAAAACCAGACGAGGAUCCAGCCCUCCCACAUGAUUUACCCACAAAUAAGGAACCGCAGGACUCCAAUAGUAAUAAGAAAAAGUCUCACUCGGACGAAUUUGUAUCGGAAUACGUGUCUAUACCCUCCGGUUCAGAGUAUUCGGGAGAUGAAAAUGGUCCCCCAGUCUUAAAACAAACCAAUAUUACAUGUACUAAGGAGCUCACAUUACCAGACGGAAGAAGGCAAAUGAAAGGAGUAGAAUAUUAUCUAGAGCCGGAGGAAAAGACAUCGUCUAAUAGUACGUUCCAAUUUCAAAGAACUAAGAGAUCCAGAGUAGAUGAGGGCGACAUAAACAAAAUCAAUGUUCUACAAAGAGGAGAGGACAUGGAUGUAAAAAUUAACACACCUCCCAAAAUUAGUGCCAACCUCAAAAGAGUACUCAAACAAAAAGUUAUGGCUACGUUACAAAAUCCACCAAUUCCACUGAAAAACCGUUAUCAGAUCCUAUCAGACACAUCGGAAGUAGAAAAAGAUGAAAGUGAAAUUGAGAAACGUAAGCAGGACCCGAGAAAAGAAAGAAGAAACAGCAGAAAAUAUGUUACCGAUACAACCAAAGUUACAGAGAAAAAUACGGGACACAAAUCAAAAAACGAUCUAACAUGCCGCCAAUAG